GCGCGACUCGCGACAGAACGGCUUCGCGCGGCGACGCUCAGUCUCGUCCGUCGCAAUCCAGUGCAGAUAUACGUGCAAUUACCUUGUCAACAGUGCUUAAAAUCUCCGUUCGUGCUCUGGUGGCCGCGCUCCUUGGCACGCGGUGAUCGAUAACACACACCGUCGAUCGCGAUCACCGUCUAUCGCGACGCGAUCCCGACGCGAAGGAGAGAAUAAUAUUAAAAAAAAAAACAGAUUGAGGUGAAAAGAAACACACACGUAGGCAAAACACACACCCUACAAAGGAGUGGGAAAAGGGGUAGUAGCGAGCGAGGGAGAUCGCGGCGAACAGCACGGAGGGUAAGUUGGAGGCGCACGGACGUAAAUCCGAGCGUUUCCGGCACGGCGAUUUUGAAUCGAGCGCUCUCUCGGUGCGUCGCGUGAGAAGCGUAGAGACCGGCGAGGGUGAAAAGUCUGACAGCUCCCCAGUGAACGGCGUGUCGCCCGGUGGCGCGUCUCAUUUCGACAACGUGCGUCGAGUGGUAACGUCGAGUGUAUCCCGCGUCGCGGGUGUGCGACGACAACGACGGUGACGUCGACAAGAAAGACGACGACGGCGACGACGACGGCGGCGGUGACGAGGACUCGUCGAAACGGUGACAGUAAACGACGAGACAAAAGAGCAUCAGUAACGAAGCAGAUGUGGUGCCGGGUAGUUCUGCCUAGUUCUGUUUGCGCGACCUAACUGCCGCGGAGGAUUCGCGCGAGUAUACAGUGUCAGUGCGCGUCUGUGAACCCGGGACCCGCUCUCGUGAGCAAGGAGGAUCCUUCCAUCCCGAGGAAUUCGCACGGCGCUAUCGAGAUGAAGACUCGCCACCUGUGGCUAGAAGCAACCGUCGUUCUCAUCGCAAUGACAGGUGCGAGCUGCCUGCGAGAGGUCAGUCUGGAACUAAUUCCGGAGGUGGUGCAGCGCGGCCAGGAGGUGAUUCUACGUUGCCAUUAUGAUCUGGAGAAUGCGCCGCUCUACUCCCUCAAGUGGUACCGCGGCAGGUACGAGUUCUACCGAUUCUCACCCAACGAGGAUCCGACCACGAAGAUCUUCAACAUCACCGGGAUUUAUGUCGACCUCGCCAACUCGAACAAGAGCCAGGUUACACUCAAAGACGUCGACUUCCCUCUCUCGGGUACAUUCAGCUGCGAAGUUACGGCGGACGCCCCAACUUUCUCCACGGGCUCCGGCCUAAGAAAUCUCACCGUAGUGGCUCUGCCCGGCGUAAGGCCCGUUAUCGCAUCGGAACGCGAACGCUACGACGCGGGAGACAUGCUGAAGGCAAAUUGCAGCCUGCCACCGUCGAGGCCGCCGGUUCACCUCUCAUUCACGCUGAACAACAUGCCGGUGGAGUCGAACACGAGGCACCACCAAACGAAGGACGAGGAUGGGGUGCAACUGAGCGAAAUCAGUCUCGCCCUGCAGCCGUUCCAUUACGCAAACGGCCAACUGAAUCUACGGUGCACCGCGCAGAUCCCCGGCAUAUACUCGGCAGUAAGCGAGCUGCAGCUUGGCGCGGGUAUACGUGAGCCAGUACCCGAAAGAGUGACCUCAGAAAACGGCAGCGGCACGCAUACAAUGACCUUUGUGACAAUACUCUGCCUGGGCAUGCUCCAUCUGCUUCUGAGAUAGUCACGAUACGCCUGAGACCACGAGAAGGGAGCUCACGGGCGUCGCAUGAUAAAUAGCACACUAGUCAGCAGGAGAAGGGCCUGGAGGAGAAGACGAUGGAGGGAGAGUUUGAGGACCGCGUGUGGACGGCGCCGAAACAAACGAUAUUGUUAAAACCGACUAUUUUAAGUGUCUUUCUCUCUUCUCUGUUUCUCUUCUUUUUUUUUUAAUUUCGUUCUCUUUUCCUCGUCCAGAGUGCAUCGAGUUUCUUCGGAGCGGGUGUGGGAGCGUGAAUAUUCCGCGUCCCACCCCUCGGCCCCUUAUGCGUUUGCGUUCGUCACUACCGAUCGUUGACAACAGCGCGACGGGUGCUAAUACGCGGUUGGUGAAAGCAUUUUUUGGGACUCGAGCACAUUACCGCUGUGAUUAGAAUCAAAAGGACACGACGUUUAACGUUUGAUACUUCUACCAACCGAGAUCGUGGAUUAUAUCGUUAUACGUUACGACCGCAGCUCCUUUGUAUAGCUCGUUAUUUUGUAAGAUGCCCAGUUACGCGCGGAUCGUUUCUCGUUUGUCUCUCCGACAUAUAUACAGACAAGUGGAUAACAAAGGCGGAAAGGGAGAAAGAAAGAGAGAGAAAGAGAGAAGAAGAACAUGGGAGAGAAAGGAGAGAAACGAGCGCGCAUUGCCAGUCAAGGGUUAACGCGCAUCCCGGAUUGGACCGCGCCCGGUGGAGAGAUAGGUAAUCGGAUGAAGCAUCGCUACAAGCUUAAUCCGCCGAAUUUGGGAGGAUCCGCUGCGACGCGCUUCACAGCACCGGAGAAUCAAAAACAGGGAAAAGCAACGUAGCCAAUUAGUCGCGUUCCAUUACUGUCACGACGCUCAAUUUGACGUACGGCCAGUAAUGAACAAAAGAGGUGCGUUCUCGAAGCUGCAGGAGAACGACAACGAGAGAGGAAGAGGACAAGAGACAGGACUUUUCAAGUCGAUUGCACGUAUACGUCUAUAGGUGCUUAUACACAAUCCGCCUCCGGAAGGAUUUGUGAUCCUUGCUGUGACGAAGGGAAAAAGAAAGAGAAAGAGAGAGAGAGAGAGAGAGAGAGAGAGAGAGAGAGUUUGUAUGUGUGUGCGUGUGUGUGUAUGCGCGUGCAAGUGAGCGCGAAAGAGAGAAAGGAAGCGACGGGGGAAGAGAGUGAGAGAUGUUCUCUUCCGCUACACCGUUGACGAGGGAGCCCCGAGCCGGAGGCACGGUAAGAUCGCACAAAGCAAGAGGAACGAAUAAAGCGGUGCGAAAAGUUUUCGCAUACCGACGAAGAGAGGAAAGAGAGAAAAGGACAGAGAGGAGCUGCACAUCCGCGACCUCCUCGCGCUACCUCUACUACCACCCCACUGCCAAUGCUCCGGUAACAACGCGCACUCGACGCGCACUCGAAUAUCUCCCCGUUACAGCCGGCAAAGACGAAUGCCAUCGUGCGCGAUUCGAGUCCAUUCGUCCAUUGUCCAAACGCCCGGGCUGGCUCGCGGAUCAAUGUCGCGAUUUUCGAAGCGGAGGGCACCGCGCGCGCCGUGCGAACACGCGGGGUCGGACAGUGCUGGCUCUUCCUUUUUUCCCCGCGUUCUUGUUUUUCGCAUUUUAUACGCGGGAGAGAACGACGUGGCUACUGCCCCCGUUGGCCUCCGCUGCGGACGAGCGUGGCGCACGUAUGUACUUACGCCGACCGUUAUUGCCCGACCGCGUGCGGUCGGCUCUCUAACGAGUUUGUUGCUCGAUCGGCUGCUUUUUAACGACGUCUAGAAAGAGUGGAAGAGAGAGCGAGAGGAAGGGGUAGCCAUUUGAUCAAUCUGUUUCUCUCUUUUUUUCUCUCUCUGACUUCUUCUUUUUUUCCUGUCUUCUUCUUUCUCACAACACGAUACAUUUCUCUUGCCGCUAUAUUGCUCUCUUCCUUUCGUAGACUCCUUCUAAAAGGUAAUGUUUAAACUGGACGACACGUUCUACCAAUCCCCAAUCGUCUGUGUCCAGUCGAGUUCUAGAUGAGUGUCGUCGCGUCGCUUUCUCUAUCUCUCUCUCUCCCUCCCUCUCUCUCUCUCUUCCUCUCCCUCUCUCUAUCUAUCUUUCUCUCUCUCUUUCCUUCUCUAUCUUUCUCCCUCUCUACAAGCAUACGAUGUCGUCGGCCGUAUAAUCUGAAGAAGGGCCCGUUUCGAGAUCGAUUUAUCGAAGGAGAUUGAGGAGAAAACCGACGCGCCGUUGGAAAAGGGCGGCACGAAUAUUGCGUUUUUCAUUCUUCUCUCGCCCGCUGCCUCUUUAUUAAACGGACGAUAAAGCCCGCGGACGAUUCCGCGCGUCUAUAAGCCGGUUAUAUACGCGCAGCUUGUUCCUCCAUCCUGAGCACACAGAGGAAUCGCCCGUAUUGUCCCUUUUCCCUUCCUCCACCCUCGCGCAGUCCCACCUUUCUUGCGUUCUCCUCGCGCGCGCACACACGUACGGCGUUUGGCACGUUCGCGACCGCUUGCGAAUCUUGGCGAAGCAACGCGUAGUGUACGCGUGAAACCGCACGAAAGUUUCGCGAAAAAGACGACACGCUCCUAUUUCUCGCGCGAGCGGACUGGUCGCGCCUCCGGCGCGGCUAAAUUGCACGAUCGAAUCGUGGAGAUCGGUGCCGAUCGUGCUGAUAAUUCGCGCGACGUACGAGACGAGAAGUCAAACAGUCUCGAUAGUCUCAGACGCAAUAUACUGUCCGAAAGUCGUAGGAUUGUUAAUUUACGGCGAUGACCGUGAAAGUUAAGUUUUAAGAGUAGAAACAGAGUGAUUGCGUAAGGUUUUUACGAUCGUAUUACCGAUAUUUGAUUUAUUAUAUAGAUCUGUAAAUUGUUUUUUUUUUCUUUUUUCUCUUUUAAUUUGCAAGGAUGGAACGAGAAGAGAAAUGUUGCCUUGCGAACGAGUGCGUGAAUUACACUACCGUGUAAUUUCGUGAAAGUUUCAGGGAUGAAAUGUGGCGACGACGGGGUAGUUCCCUUGCGAACAGUUAACCUUUGCGCGCUUUAGAUGAAGCUCGUUUUUGUAAGUGGAUAGGUGAGAUAAAGAUUCGUUGGAUUCAUUACUGAUAGUUUAUCGAGGUCACCAAAAAAGUUACGAUAACCUCUCUGCGAGAUGAAAUCAAACUUAUCGCAAUCGGAUGUAACGUGACUUACAGGUUUAGAGAUACGACAUUUAAUGUAUUUCAUUAAGUUGGACUCUCUCUCUUUAUAAUUCGACUUAAGAGUCUCUUUAGUUUUAAGAUCUUGCUACGUGUUAAACAUAUUAUUGUUUUUGAGCAUUAUACUACUUUUUUUGUUAAUGUAAAUACUUAUUUUUACGAAACAUAAUAAACUAUUGCAUGAACGAC